AUGGCAUUGCUACAAUCAUCCUUUACACGUAAUUUCCACUUCAGACGAUCCUUCAGAUUAUCUCGGUCGCUGACUAUUAAAGAAAAGCGUUUACCAUCCUUUUCCACGUCGUCAACCGACAAUAAAGUGUUGCCGUUUGCUGAUAUUCCAGGCCCCAGGGGAACAUUUCAAAAUAUUCCCGACUACGUGUCGAACAAAGGUGCGAUUCUUGAAGUUGCGGCAAAGCGCUUUGAAAGAUUUGGUCCGAUAUACAGCGAAAAACUACUAAGCGAACGAAAUGUGAAUAUUUGCGACGCUGAUGCGAUACAAAAGGUUUUAAGCAGUGAAAAAAAAUUUCAGAUGCGGCCCGGUUUCGAUGCCCUCGCCGAAAUCAUUGAGGGCGACAACGGCCUUGGGUUCGCAUCAAACGACUACGAAAUAUGGCAUCAGGACAGAUCGAGAAUAUCGCCAAAGUUGAUGCGCCCAAAGGAAAUCAUGGAAACAUUUCCAAUCCUAAAUACUGUAGCGAAUGACUUCACGAAGCGAUUAGAUCAACUUAGAAAGUCUGACGGCGUAGUAGACAAUAUUCACGAGGAGUUAACGUAUUUCAUGGUGGAAUCGUUUUCUUCGUUUCUGUUCAAUCGGCGUCUUGGUUUCUACAACCAUCCGCCAGAACCUGCAGCCGUCGCGUUUGUAAACGCAGCUCUGGAUAUGAUAUACAAUAUUGGGAUGCUCUUUUACACGUUUCCUUUAAACAAGUAUAUCAGAACUCCGCCGUACUAUCGGCUGAAGAAAAAUCUUGCCACAAUCCAUACACUGGGUAUGGACAUUAUAGACGAGGUAUUUGCAACGAAGCAGCAGGAGCGCGAAAAAGAGUUUAGCAACAAUCAAUCAGUGUUUGAGUAUCUUGUUGAAAACGGUAUGAAUACGCCGAAGAGUUUGGCAGCCAUGACAGGAUUGUUAGCCGCCGGCGUUGAUACAACAAGCAUUACAAGUCUGUGGCUCUUGUACGAACUGUCACGGAAUCCAGACUUCCAGGAUAAAGUUUAUCAAGAAAUUGCAUCUGCCGUUGGUCCAAACGAGGAGGUAUUAGCGAACAAUGUCCCAUCGCUUCUCAAAGCAGCUUUGAAGGAGUCGCAACGCAUGUAUCCAGUCGCAGGUUAUAUUGUUCCUCGCGUGUUUCCUAAAGACCUCGAGGUUCUCGGUUACAACAUCCCAGCUGGUGUGAAUGUUUUCUUGCACGAAUAUUUGCUGUCCCUCGACGAGCGUUAUUAUGGGCAAGAUGCGAAGCAGUUUGUACCAGAGCGAUGGCUGCGUGAUGAAACUGGGGAGAAGAAAGAAUUUCAUCCGUUUACUACACUACCUUUCGGUUAUGGAGUGAGAAUGUGCGUUGGACGAAGAAUGGCCGUGUCCACUAUCUAUACUCUGGUAAGCAAAAUACUACUCCGUUAUCGUUUGGAAUACGCGGGGGAAACCGAGGCUAAUCCAACUGUACAUGCAGGUAUUAUGAAACCAGACGGAGUUGUCCUAAUGAAGUUCAUUCCAAGAGAAAUGAAGAUAAUUUAGUGUAUAGUCAUGCAAUCACGAUUUUUUUGUCUUAAAAUUAAUAUUUUCAUAUAAUUGCAUGUUUAGAUGAUUGGAUAAUCGAUUUCGUUGUUUUAAUUGGCGAUCAAAUUAGGAUAUAGUUUAAAUUAAUAGGCCAUAGGGGUGAUGCUAGAAGGUUGAUGUUUUAGCAUCUCAACUGUAAUUCAUUGAAUUUGUAUGGACUCUAUUGUAUUAAAAUCGUACAGCAUGUUCUGCUUGAAGAACUAUAACCUUGAAAGAAACAUUUCAGUUAUGAGCAUUAUUUUUCUGUGCACUGAACGAGUGAGUGAGUGAGGGCGGAUCUAGGAUUUUUCAAAUCACAGUAAAAGUCCAGAUUGAGAAAAUUUUUCAAAUCGGCAGAUCGGAAUUUUGAUUAUUUUGGCUCAUGUUAGAGUUCAUCGCUAUGCCUAGGAAAGAUUCCGCUAAAAAACACCGUAUUAGAUGCCUCGUGUGUCAUAUUUUAAAAGAGCAAGAGUCAUAUUUCAAAACACACAACUUCUUAAGCCCCGCGUACAGACGGACAUGUUUUCCUUCACACGUUUUCUAGAACAGUUCACUUGCUCGUGUGUAUGGUGAGGAGGUUUUCCUUGCCAAGUUAAAUUUGCCAAGUUUUUUUUG